ACCUACAGGUGCCAUCCAUCUGCUCCAAGCCGCACUAUGUCCAACCCAAGAGAUUACAGCAGCCAGUCCUACUCCCCCGGUAACAAGGCACCGGCCAAGAGCUCCCCGCCCGACAUGUCGGACAAGUCCAAGGAGAAGGACGCCAUGGUUGGACUCAACGACCAGUUCGUCAGGUUGAUUAACAAGGUGAAACACCUGGAGGAUGAGAAGAAAAUCCUUGCCACUAAGCUGGACAUCCUCAAGGACCAGGGCCACUAUGAGGGAAAAGUUGACGACAUCGUCAGGCAGGUGAAGAACGAGCUGAAGCAGCAGGUUGACGAAUUGCGCCGCGACCAAGACAAACUGAAGGAGGAGCUGCUGCAGAACCAGGAGGAGGUGGACGACACCAAGAUGAGGUUGGAGGAGGAGAUAGCAAAUAAAGCUGACCUGGAGAAUGAGUUUGUCAUCAACAAAAAGGUGGCUGAUGAUGGUCACUUGGAGUCAGUGGACCUGGCUCUGGAGCUGGAGGACCUGUUGGGGAAACUGGACUUCCUCAGGGUCGGCCACGAUGAGGAACUCAAGGAGCUGGAGUCGCUCGUCCAUAAUGAGAAGGUGGUCCUCCCCGACGACAGAAACCGGGGUCUGGACAUGGACGAGAUCGUCGCCGGGUUCGAGGUUCAGUACGCCAACAUGACCGCCCGCACCAGGGCCGAAGCCGAGAAGUGGAACCAGAAUAAGAUGGAGGCCCUGGUCUUAACGGCGGGACAGCGUGAGAAGGACUUGCGCGACUUGAAGAGGGAGAUCUCGGACUUGGUCCGCAUCAUCCAGCGGCUCCACGGCGACGCCGAGGCCCUCCAGAGAAAGGAACAGUCCCUGCGGAAUGACGUCGUCGUCUUGAGGAAUGAAGGGGACGAGAAGCUGGAGAGGGCUCGUGAUGACAUUGGCCAGCUGCAGGAGGCCCUGCGGCGGGCCAAGGAAGACCUGGGCUUACAGCUGCGCGAGCACCAGGAGCUGAUGAACCUGAAGCUGGCCCUGGACAUCGAGAUCGCCACCUACCGCAAGCUGCUGGAGGGCGAGGAGGAGAGAAUGAACUACUUGAUGCGCAACGCAGAAGUCCACCCGCCAGAGAAGAAACAAGCCCGAGACCCCCCCCCCGCUGUCCCGGCGGACCACUCCCUUUUCAAGAAAUUGCUGCUGAUCCGGGUGCAGGUGGAGAAAGGCCGAGUCGUGUCCGAAAGCUCCCACUACGCUGAAGAUUGAGCGUCCGUGUCCAUCGCCCCCCUCUGCCUGCAGCACCACAGCAGAUCCGCAGAGAAAUGUGAAAGAAAAAAAUGCAGCAGACCUCCGUUGAGUCAUCGUGAAAGUGGCUUUAAAUGCAGUCAUCAUGACUCCAUCCCUAAGGCUUGUUGGCAGGUGCGGCAUUUUUCCUCGAAUGAAUGCUUUAAAAACUGGAGACGUUUGUUUGUGUCAAGCUGUGUUUUUAAAAAUAAAUCUUCUCGUAUCUUUG